GUUGAAAUUUGAAAUCGGGCGGGGGCGCGCGGGGCUGAGGCGGAGGCAGAGGCGGACUGUGGGCACGAGUACCUGGCCGGGCAGGGCCUCUGGGCAGGCAGAAUGAGUCUGCAGAAUUUAAAUGUUGAAAACAUCAGUGAUGAACUAACAGCAGAAAGCGGUGUCUUCCUUUUCGCACCACCAGACCCUACAGGGAGACCUUCUAUUCUUCGUCCAUCACAGAAAGAAAAUCUGCCACCAAAAAAUGUUGUAAAAUCUAUGAAGGUAACUUUUCACACUCCUCUUCGGGAUCCUCAGACUCACAGAAUCCUGAGUCCUACCAUGGCAGACAAACCAGAGACCACUCUCAUUCUCAAGAACUGUGCAGGAGUUAUAGGGGAUCUUCAUCUAGCUGCGAUCAGCACUGUUGAAAGUCAACAAGUAACUGAAGCUGAGGCAGGAUCUACAAGAGUGGAUACGCAAAUGCAAGAGAAGGCCAGCUUUGCUCCUUAUCCAGAUGAUGAAAUGCCAGUGAAAAGCCAAGGGUCGUACAACAUUGACUUCGAUAACCUGGACAACAUCAACCCAUUCCAGAGUUCUGCUCAGUUGCAGAAGUCUCCAGAGAGCAUUAAGUCUCCCAUUCAAGUAUCUACCAGCACUGAAAAAACCUGUGAGGAAAAUUAUAGCAAUUCACCAUCACUGGAUGAUGCAGUUUUUACUUCCUCGCUAACUGCUUCUGUGCCAGAGCCUUCAAGGCUAAAUGAAGACACUACAAGCUGUAUGGAAAAAGAGACAAUUUCUCUGGUGUUGGGUAAUGAGCCUAAGGUGAUUCCUUAUGACUCUGAGCUGGAUACAAAGCCUGCUUCUAGUGAAAACAGCCAGACUGAUCCUUCUGAGACACUGACGCAGCUAAAAAAUAUUCUACCACCUGCAGAAGUGUCCUACAACUUUGAUCCAAACAGCACUGACAUAAUAAAUCCUUUAAAAACUGGGAGUUCAGAGCUUCAGAAUUCUCCAGCAGCAGGAGCAAUUUCAGCAAAAGAAUCAAAACCUGUGGAAGAACCUAGUGUUGGCAAGGCAGAAUCCAUCAAAUUGGAAUUUGAUUUUGAUAAUGUGGUUAGUAAAAAGCCACCUCCUAAGAAACUGGGGAAGAAAUCUGGAAUUAAACCUCCUCUCAAAAAAGUGGUGGGAAUUAAAGGAAAAACAUCAAAAAGCUGUGAAGCAAAAAGCCAAAGUAAAACAGAAGAGGAAAUUCUGGUUCCCAAAGCAUCUUAUACCUUUGACUGGGACAAGCUAGAUGAUCCCAACUUUAACCCUUUUGGAGGCGGUUCCAAAGUGUGUGGCUCACCCAAGUGCCCCAGCACAGAAAAAGCUAACCUGCCAGAGGAAGAAGAUCAUGCCUUUCCUGAAAGAGAACUUCCUCCUGCAGAGCAGGAUGACAGAUCAGGUGAUAACAAGACAGCUGAGAAAAAUGGGUCUGGAAGUCAGGAAGCUAUUAAGCAAAUUAUAGCUGAAGACAAGCCUAUGGUUCAAGCAGAAGUAGAGUCCUCAGGAGAACUAGCUGUGGAAAAAACAAGUACAAGCCCGCUGAAUAGCUCACCAGUUGAUGUCCCUGCUGCUUUAACUGGUAGUGGAAAAUCCUUGGUAGUUGAUGAAGAACUUGAACCCAGUGGCAAGACAACUGAAAUAGCAGUAGACUUAAAUGAUCAGACUGCUGGCCCUGAAGCUGAAGAGUACUUCAGACCUUCUUCAGAAGUUUUAGGAGCAAGCAUAGAAAUAGACUACCUGGAACAGUUUGGAACUUCUUCUUUCAAAGAGUCUGCUUUGAGGAAACAGUCACUGUAUUUGAAAUUUGACCCCCUGCUAAGAGACAGCCCCAAAAAGCUGGUUCCUGGUACCAAUGAAACAAACCUAAUAAAUGCACCACUUCAGAGUGGGCCUCUUGUUGAACUAAGUGAACUUUCUGGGGAAACCAUAACACCUUUAAUUGAAUCUUUUCAAAAUGAAGAGAAACCUAAAGGACUGGAUCUUCUGGGAACUUUCACAGCUCCAGAUACAGUUCUUCUAACUCUGGAUAUCCCAGACAGUAAUGUUUCGCAACUUGCUCCUUUUGCUGCACCUGCAAACACUCCAAUUGAUGCUAUUAUAGAUGUGCUGAAAUAUAGCCAAAAAGACCUGGAUGCAGCGGUUGAAGUGGUUAAACAAGAGGUUCUCGAUAAGCAGAUGGAAAUUCUCGAGUGGAAGAAGAAACACAAUAUACUCCACUUGGAAUACCUAGAAAUGGGAAAAAUUGUUGCAGAGUUUGAAGGCACAAUAACUCAAAUGCUGGAGGACGCUCAAAAGCAGAAAGAGAUUUCAAGGAAAGAAAUCCAGAAGGUGCUGGAGGAGAAACAGCAAAUUGUGUGUGACCUGAACUCCAUGGAGAAAUCUUUCUCCGAUCUCUUCAAGCGAUUUGAAAAACAGAAAGAGGCACUGGAAGGUUAUCACAAAAAUGAAGAGGCUCUGAAAAAAUGUGCUGAAGAUUACCUUGCAAGGAUUAAAAAAGAAGAGCAGAGAUACCAAGCACUGAAGAAACAUGCUGAAGAAAAGCUAUGCCAAGCAAAUGAAGAGAUUGCCCAGGUACGAAGCAAAGCCAAAUCGGAGACAUUAGCACUGCAAGCCAGUUUACGCAAAGAACAAAUGAGGGUCCAGUCUUUAGAGAGGAGCCUCGAACAAAAGGCGAAAGAAAAUGAGGAGCUAACAAAAAUCUGUGAUGACUUGAUUUUAAAGAUGGAAAGACUUGAAUAGCUGAACUGUUUUUUGUACAUAUCUAGUCACUUUCAGUUUUUCUUUUCUGUCUUCUUUCUUUGUAUGUU